UCUGCGCCUUCCAUUACGACAGCAGCCACGACAUCCCGACCACAGGGGUCUGAGCGCAUACACGUAGGUACCCUCAAAUAAUUACAAGGGGCGAAACGGCCGAAAAUCCGUCCACCAUAAUUAAAAACCUCCUCUCCUGAGAAGCUAUUCCGCUGUUUCUCCCCCUUCUGCUACCUAUUUGCUCAUAUACCAGGUCGCCGACUCUGACCUAGCCGGUAUUUACCGCCCAGCUUCGAUCUCCGCCACUGCGGCGCGCUCGCAUCUGUGAGUGCAUCAGUGGGCGUCGUCGAUAUUUCCGAGGCAAUGAGCGAUCCAGCGGCCAGCCCGCGCAAAACAUGACAAUUGCUGCAAUCCAGCAUGGACGAUCCGUGGGGCUCGCCAUGGACGACAAACGACGUCGACACGACACUGCACAAGACGCCGUCGCCAACCAAGUCCGGGCUCGAACCCCCUCCACGCGCCUUGCUCUCGAACAACUCGUCUCCCCGACUACCCACCUCCACGAUCCACUCCCCAUGGGCUGACGAUGAUGAUGGAUUCAAGGAUUGGCCUUCUGCCAACACGUCGCUCGACGCCGCACAAUCCACCUCUGCCUGGGCGGGCUGGGCCGGUGCCGAGAAUACUUCCACGGAGCACCUCGACGCGAGAUCUAGGCAGGGCAGCUUCAACAAAGCCAGUAGCCCGAUUGCAUGGCCGGGAAGCAUUGCCCUGUCUCCUGGGCCAAACCAGGCGAACGGCUCCAUUUUCCGACAACUCCCCUCCGAUCCCUGGGCUUCCGAACUGUCCGCCGAAGACCUGCACAAUGUCCAACCCCCUCCGAGUUUCAUAGUCGCCGAACCCCCGGAUUCUCCUGUGACUUCUGGCAAGACCGAGGAACACGCUACGACCAGAGAGUUUGAGUCGAUAUGGAAUGUCAAAAUCGAUCACGCGGGUGCGCCGGGACAGGACACGGCGCAAGUGGCAGCAGCGUCAGACGCGGUUUCGUCGGACGCCCAGCAGCCACUGGCCACGGAUGCCCCGGCUUCCCUCGACGACGAGCCGCCACCCGGCGUUUCUAGGAUAAACAUCGAAACAGAAGCUCGGAGCACCCACUCUCGUUCGUCGUCUGCAUCUGGAGACACCAGCGAUCACGACGCGGGACGGCAGGAUUCACCCAUCACGUCAGUUGACGGAGACUCGAAGUUGCGUUUGCAGGCGCCUUCGAGAACGGUCUCGGGGAAGGUUCAAGAAUUGGUGGUCAAGUUCGAUAGCUUGGCCAAGUCGGUUGUCGAGGAGCCAGCUCCAGCCCGGCGAGACCGUGAGGGAACACCAGCCGAGGCGGCACAUGACAAAGAACAGGGUUGGGAAGAUGGCGCAGAUUUUGGCGAUUUUGAAGAUGGCGGUAAUGCUCCAGCUCCGGCUCAAAUAUCGCGUGGCUCAUCCACUGAGCGCACUCCCACGCCCGGUAUUUAUCAUGACUCCACGGAGCAAAUCGACUCGGCUGCUCCGCGAGUCUCCACCCCAACAUCGCCGAGGGCUUCCUUUACCGGUACUAAGGCGCAGCAAUCCGUCGCAGGAUUUGGACAAGUCAAGUUCGUGGUUGACUUGAAUACGGUGGACAGCCUCUUUGAAAGUGACAAGUCAGGCGACUCGGAGUUUCAAAAUGCGCCAGACGUGGAUGUGCCAGAUCGCCCUAUCAAUGAUAGCUUCACCGAGAUCUCAGAGAGGAAGACCUGGUAUCGGAUCUCUCGCCAGGGUUCUUCUCGGAUGCAUAAUGAUGGGAACGACGACAAUUACUGUCGCGUGUCGUGGCUAGCCUCGAGCACACGCCAGGAAACGCUGAAGAUAGUGCGGCGCUGGAUGGAGGAGGACUCGAUUACGGGGCGAGUCACUCUAGGUGGAGGGACUGGCAAGCGCAACAUGUUUGGCUGGGAUUCUGCUGCCGAGCCCAUCAGCUUAGACAAGGUUUUUGGAAGAACGAAGACGACCCAUUCGAGGGUAUCGUCUCAGCCGCAGGGGGUGGCUCCAGUCUUGUCUCUCGAGGCACCGGGCAGCCCGACCCAGCACUCGAGCAUGGCUGUCCCUCGUGUGGCCUCGUUUGGCUGGAGCACAGCUUCCGCCGCGAACGAGUCGACACAGCCGGCGUCAGCGUCAGCACCGCAAGCGCCACUCCAACUUUCUAGCAAACCUGUUGUGCCUUUGGCAAUCGCCGUUCCUCCUCCUCCGGCCGGCGACGAUGAGGACGAAUGGGGCGAGAUGGUGUCGUCUCCACAGGACGAAGCUAGGCCAGCCAUCUCGAAUGGCUUGGGCAGUCUUGACGCUGCAUUCUCUGAACCGGAACCGCUCCUGCCCGUGGCUGUGGCACCCAAACCAACGUCAACGACACUUCCUCCCACUGCCACACGGCAACCGGUCGUCCCGACCAUCCCGAUGGUUCCCACGAAUAAUGUUGCAGAACUGUCGAGCUCCUCCAGGGACAGGCCCGCAGAGAAUUAUUCGGCCUCGGAUACAUGGACUUCGGUGGAUAUUUCGUUCCUUGACCGACCCGCCAAGCCCACUGUUGCAACGACCACGAAUCUCCCAGUUCCCGCAGCCUCCCCGCUUAAGGCAUCAAGGGAGGCAACCCCACAGCAAACAGUAUUGGCUCCGCCAGUUCGCAAGGAGACCACCGAGAGUGACAGCCUUGCGCGACACAUCAUCGACGGUCUCCCAGACGUCUCUUACAUGCUCCGAUGACCCACAGGAU